AAAGGCGCUGACGUCAAAGCGGCGGCCAUGUUUGGCGCGGGCAGAGCGGGUCUCCAUUGAAGAAGAAGCUGCAGUAAAGCCACGCAGUACCAGCAGGAGCGGGUUUCAAAGCGGUCAGCUGCUGAAUAGUGCACAUCAUCAGCUCUCCCCAUUCUCCCUGUAGGACCCACACUUCCCAGUUGGAGGCCAGCUCCACCAACUCCACCCCAACAGCCAUGGCAGAUGACUCAGACAUGCGCAAUGAGCUCUCGGACAUGCAGCAGCGUGCCGACCAGCUGGGCGAUGAGUCACUGGAAAGCACUCGUCGCAUGCUGCAGCUGGUGGAAGAGAGUAAAGAUGCUGGUAUCAGGACUUUGGUUAUGCUGGAUGAGCAAGGAGAACAACUCGAUCGUGUUGAAGAUGGCAUGAACCAUAUCAACCAAGACAUGAAGGAGGCCGAGAAAAAUUUAAAAGAUUUAGGGAAAUGCUGUGGCCUUUUCAUAUGUCCGUGUAACAAAAUGAAGAGUGGGGGAAGCAAGGCCUGGGGCAACAACCAGGAUGGUGUGGUGAACAGCCAGCCUGCCCGUGUUGUUGAUGAGCGGGAACAGAUGGCCAUCAGUGGAGGUUUCAUCCGCAGGGUAACAGAUGAUGCCCGGGAAAAUGAGAUGGAUGAGAACUUGGAGCAGGUGGGAGGCAUCAUUGGUAACCUGCGCCACAUGGCUCUUGACAUGGGUAAUGAGAUUGACACCCAGAAUCGCCAAAUUGACAGGAUCAUGGACAAGGCUGAGUCCAACAAGACCAGGAUUGAUGAAGCUAACCAGAGGGCCACAAAGAUGCUUGGCAGCGGAUAAGCGCCUGAAUUGCCUGCUUUUACUAACCGUGCAGUUUGUCAAAAGGCGCAAACAUGCUUUUAUCUUGGUAUUUACCUUCUAGGUUUGCACACAUGCACAUAUCACUCCUACAUUGUAAAUGUUGUUCUGUGUGCUGUCUGUCGGCUUUUUCAAUGAUAGUCCUCGUAAAAUGAUUUCUUAUACUCUGUAUCAUUCUUUCCAAAGGUUGUAUAUAGUGCUGGCUCGAUGGCUCUAGCUCACUUGUGAUGUUUUUAUUCUUUUUUUUGUCACCUAUAUAUGUAUAUGUAUAUAUGUAUACAUAUACACAGGCUUAUAUAUAUAUGUAUACAUAUAUUAUAUAUAUAUAUAUAUUUAUGAUAUAUGAUAUAAACCUCUUUACUGGAUGAAAUAUAUAAUAGGAAUGCUCUACAAACUGUUUUUCCUUUUCAGUAUCUCAGUAUCGUCUUAGUAAAACUGUGCCAUUUCAUUAGGCUACUGUCAUGCUCCUUAUUUUGAUGUUGUCAUGGCAAAUGAUGAAUGGGUAAAAGAUGAUUAAUUAUAUGACAGUGAUACCAAUGCAAAAGCACUUACAGUAUCCUUCCUUGGUUCAUUUUCCUCAUCAUAAACAUAAUCAGUUACUGUUUAGACAAAGUGCAACUAGAUUCUGUAGCUGUAAUAGACAUUGCAUUCCAAGUGGUGUGAAUUGUGCAUUAUGCAUGACGAAUAGUAGAUUUUAGAGUCUUAUAAAUAAAACUUGUCUUAAAAAUAUAUUAAAAAAAACAAACAAACAUGGCAGUAGCAAAAAUUGACAAAAGCAUGCUCAGUAUUAGGACACAGUUGAACGUUCCAUAUUCCUGCAAGUUUGCAAUAGUGCUCUCUUUCUGUCAAUAUAUAUUUACAGACUGUGAUCAUUGAUGUAACAUAAUGCAACUUGACCGAAAGAAGAACUGUAACAGACAUGACAAAAAUGAUGGUUCUGCAAAAAUGACCUGUUUUCUAAAUGAUUAUGCAGCCUGGAAAAGAUAAUGACUGAAGUGUUGAAUGGUGGAGAGUUGUUUUCUGUAUCAUAGGUUUUGGAUGCUCUGAGAAAAAAAAUAAUAAAUAAACAAAUAUUUGCAAUGUAAAGCAAAGAUGCAUAUUUCUGAGAGAUCUUACUUUUAUAAGAAGACUGUAUCCUGUUAUCCUGUUCCCUGUGUGGUUUGUUAUUGGUUAAAAAAAAAAGAAAAAGAAAAAAAAAAAAGAAAGAAAAUAAUCCGUGACAAAAAAGAGGUUUUUGUUGCUUCUGUACUUUAGAGCUAUGCACACCAAAUUGCUACGAUGUUGACUAGUCUGUAUAAAAAGACAAAUAAAUACCUUACCUGAAUGACACAUAGGUUAAACUGUGAGACUGGUAUCCUCAAUGCAUGUAAUAUUAAAAACUCCCACUGUAUCUUGUCAGUCUGUGACGUGGUUGACAUUUUGUAGCUAGGUGAAUUAAUUAAAAUGAAUAUAACCCCUCCUGUAUGGGUUGUCA